AUGAUCAUUUAAAAUAAUAAUUACAAAAAAUAGUAAAGUGAGAACCUUAGCCGCGAUAAAAGCACGUCAAAUACCCAUUAAACUAAAAGCGAACCAAUCACAUCGCUCUUCUUGCGCGUGCAUGCAACAACAUAACAAACCAAGGAUUAUAUAAUCUAAUAUUAUAUAAAUCUUGCAACAAACACGGAUGUUUACACCACAGAUAUUCUACGUGGUUGUUUCCCAGGGGCCCCCUCUACUUUGCCACUCAGUCCGUCUGUUUAUGGAAGUCCGUGCUGCGCACACUUGGAUGUAUUCGGUCCGUGUAUUUUAGACGAAGGGUUGUUUAAUUCCAGGAGUACUCGGUUCCGCAAUGUCCGCUGCCGUACCAGACGGAGGAGUGAAACUACUUCAAAAUGCUAUGAAACUAGCCAAUGUGGCCAUAGAACUGGACACUAAUAACAGACACAAGGAGGCUUAUUGUGAGUACCUGCGGAGCAUUAACUUUAUUUCACAAGCACUUUUAGAGGAGGCAAUACCCAAAGAUGAGUGUGACAUUGUGACACCAGACGCACAGAAGAUGCUGAAGUUGGCAGAACAGUGCUUAGAAAGGGUCAAGUCGACAACAACUAAACUAAGUAAAGUGGAGGUGCAGCCUGCUGUACUGGAGCCACUCAAACCCUCCUACAAGCCAGGGCAUCGCAGAGUCCUCUCCGAUGGAGGAGAAACAGCCUCCCCCUUCCUUCCCCCUGAGAUCUUCCAAAGAAUGCAGAUUGUAGAAGCACACGGUGCCAGAAAGGAGCUCACUCCGAUAGAGGAAGCAUCGAGGCUAAACCAAAAGCUGAAGGCUACUUAUGAGGCUCGAGUUGCUCGUCUGAACCCCAACCAAGCCAUGCAGAAAACCUCACUGACAUUGUCCCUUCAGCGUCAAAUGAUGGAGAAUCUUAUUAUUGCAAGAGCAAGACAAGAGGCGCUUCAGAGGAAGAUGGAAGAGAGGCGGCUGAGAUUGCAGGAGGAAGCCAAUAGGAGCUUUUCCAGUUCUACAUCUUUAACCCCUGAAGAACAGGAGCAGAGAAUCCUGUAUGCCAGCAUUCUGGAGUACGAGCAGGAUCAUGAUUGGCCAAAACAAUGGAAAGCAAAACUAAAGAAAAAUCCAAAUGACCUCUCUGUGGUGUCUGGUCUUAUCUCUUAUAUCUUCAGCUGUCCAGAGCAUCCUAUAAUGAAGCUCCUGAAGAGACUGCAGUACAGGAUUUACAACAAGCUCUACCCCAUUGUCAGCAAGGUCACGGCCCCUGAGUCACCAUCCACAUCCACCUACAGGGGGUGCAACAUGAAGUCCUCCCAAAGCAUCCACUGUAUGCAAUCAGUUCAGGAAAACAACAAAACAAACAGCCAGAAACUAAGACACAGUCUUUCAGUCACAUCCCUGCCCAUCAUUGAAGACUACAAUGCCAACACGUGUGCUAAAGAACAAACACAAACUGGGCAGAGCACUAAAGCGGACAAGUUAGUGCUGAGCAUGGGAGAGCGGGACAGUUCUUUUGAGGAUUUGGAGCAGUUUCUGUCCCAGUUUGAGUGCCCACCUGCCAGCCUGCCAGAUUUGUCCAAACCUGCUGUGGAUGUGGAUCCCCUGAUUCACAAUCUGGAGGAGGGGGUGCUUCAGGCACACCUCAGGAGCGUUGUGAAGGAUAUCCACAACUCUAUAGACCGGCUGCUGUCCUUGUAUAUUCUGUCCUUCGAGCCCCUGAACACGGCUGCCUCCAAGGACCGGUGCCUCGCCAGCAUCGAGGAGGCUUUCUUCCCACCCAUCUGGCCCUUGUUGCUGGCUCUCUUUAGAAAAGUUUACGGACACAGAGAGUUAGCUUUUGAAAAGAGUAUGAGACUGUACAGAAAUAGUAAACCUGGAGAUAUUGGUGUUGCGUCUAAACUUUGCCCCUCAGAAUCUCCUCCUGGUUCUUACCCUUAUGAAUCUGCUGUGCAGGAACUGAGGCUAAUCGCAAAAGAUUGCUGUCCACAAAAGAAACUUGAGUGUAUUGUGCGAACACUGCGUCUGAUCUGUGAGUGUGCAGAGGAGUACCGCACCUCCCAUGAGCCGACUACCUUGCACAGCUCUGCGGCCAUCGGUGCUGAUGACCUGUUACCCAUAUUGUCCUAUGUUGCCCUGAAGAGUGACCUGCCACAGCUGGUGUCAGAGUGUGCAGCGCUGGAGGAGUUUAUCCAUGAAGGGUAUCUGAUUGGUGAGGAGGGAUACUGCCUGACAUCCAUGCAGAGUGCAGUGACUUAUGUGGAAUCUCUGCAUAAAGGAGGUGCCUUGAAAUAAAUCUCUUCCUUGAGUGUGUGUCUGUCAUAUAUAAUAUAUAUAUAUAUAUAUAUAUAUACACACACACACACAGUCUAACUUCACUAUAACAAACCCCGCUGGGACCUGGAGAAAUGUUCGUUAUAGCAGGUUGUUCACUGUAAUAGGGUUUGGCAAUUUGCUGUAUCAGAAUAAUGAAGAAACGCCCAAAUUGAAUUGAACAUCUUUAUACAGUAUACAGCAGUUCUUUCAAGAUAACUUCACACUGAUCCACAUUUAAACUGUAUAUUUUUAAAUAGUAAAGAAAUGAAAAAAAAUAAGUAGUACACUUACAUGCUGAAUACAAUAAUUACGUGCCCUUUCUCAUGAAAAACAUCCAGCGUAGAUUGCUUCAUAUUUUUCGUGCCUAACACAUUCACACUGCAAUAACACAUUCACACUGGAGAAAGUUCAGUGUCAGUCACUACCAAGAUCGUUUUAUCCCGGUAGAUUUUGUAAAAGAAACGUUUCUUGCUACUUUGAUCGUUAAAAGGGGGAUCAUUAUAAGAAAGGUUUGUUUUAGUGAAGUUAGACUGUGUAUAUUUAUGUAUAUGUGUGUGUGUGUGUGUGUGUGUGUGUGUAUAUUCAAUUACAAAUUGAAACCCCCCACAUUAUAAGCUGUGAAUCGGUAUUUGAGAGUUUUAAUAGAUAAAAACAGAUUUUAUUGAAUAAAGUUGCCUUUUCUUCCCUACCAUUUAACUGUCCCCUAUGAAGUGCCCUACCACUUAUUUGAGUGCUUAUUGUUAAUACUGCUUUUGAAUACUAAUGCUAAUGGUUCAGCUAAUCAUAAUAGGGUGAUAUUUUAAAAUGUCGUGUCUAACCAAUUUAUUCUCUAUCUAAACAAAGACAUUAUUUAAUAGGGCAGAUAAAUUGUGAAAUAUAUGAAAACACUACUUGUAUUUAUAGGCCUUAUAGGGCUUCUGAUAUUAGAUCUUACUAAGAUUUUAGUUGUGUAGCCCACACUGACUUUUUUUUCUGCAAGGUUUUGGACUUGAAAUAAAAUCCUAUAUUGCACUAAUGUUUUGAGGGUUCCUGAUUUAUUGAAGUCCAUUUAGGCUACUAAAUAGUGACAUGCCUUUUAAUGUUUGGUAGACAGCUGUAUUCUAUGAUUCUCAGUUAAAUGUUAUCACUGUUGUUGACCAUUACAAAUAACCAUUCCACUGCCACAUUGCUUUAAUACAUAUCAGUAAAUCAGUGGUUUCUUUACAGUUGGUACACAGCUACAUUCUGUGAUUAUUUAAUUAAAGUUCCAUUAUAGGUAGUGGCCAGUAAAAUGAAUGGUUUCACUGCAACACUAUUUUAACCUCUCGACCAUAUCAGUGAUACAGAUCUUUACAUAUACUUUUACUUCGUAAACAAUCUAAUCUGAUAUGCUAUUCUGCUUGCAGCAUGCCCAAGGGAAUACUGCGUUUCUAGUUUUGUUUUGCCUCUUGCUGUGUAAAUUACUCACGAUUUAAGAGGCAUGCAUGCUGGCAAGGUGCAUCAGAAAAUAUUUACAUUAUAAAAUAUGCUGUUUGUUUACAAGAGAGUAGCAUGUCAAAAUUAGUGUGUAGAGCCUACAUUAGCAACAAAUUCAGAGCUCACACAGCAAUCAUGGAAUAAUGUUUUCUUAAUGUUUGUGUUGAAUUUGCUGCUCACUCACAAGAGCAGAGCUGACAGACUUCAUGUACAGCUGUUUUAAUGUUUGUUUAUGCUCUGUAGGAGUUGCCCUCCCCAUGUUUAUAGCUACCUGUGUGUUUGUCUGGAUAAAAAUACUGGUAUCUGACAGGUGACUGACAGUCUUAUUCUUAAUGUUUUAGUUAUUUACUUUAGAGAUUGAGAUAUUUUGCAUUGUGUUAUUUAACUUGUAUUAUGUAAUUAGAUGUAUUUGCAUGUAGACUAUGAAAUAGCAGAAUGUAUUGCCUGAUUUGAAUGUACAGUUGUUGUAUUCUGUGUUUUGUUACCAUUGUGUUUGCCUUAAAUGCACCACUGGUACAAAAGACAAUAAAUAAAUAUAUAUAUAUAUAUAUAUAUAUAUA